UUUACUCUGGUGACCGCCUGGUGACCACCCCAAUAUAUACCAGUUGGUUAUAAAGAAACUGGAACGGUCGGGCAACCUCCUUGCCUUGCCAUGCAGCUCCUAUCUUAUGAUACCGUAGUAUGCACAUUAAUUGCCUCCGCUUCCAUACAUAGCCCUGAGGAUAGCCGUGGCACCCGCAGGGCACGUCAGCGCUGUGCGUGACAGCGCUGAAUCCAAACACAGUCAGUUCUGCAUGCGACAUUUAAAUCUAAUUAGUUUGGUUCAGCUUGUUUGGGUUGGUAUUAACGGCCCUACGGCGGCAGCAGCGAGCGAGCCCGCCUGGCUGGGCCCAGCACCCACUGGCGGCGUGCAUGUGCGUAGCGGAGGGGGCGAGCAAGGCCACGUGGGGCAGGACAGCGCGGCAUCGCCGAAGAAACGGCGCCAGCGCGCAGGUUGAGGCAGGCCCGUGUCUGGUUAGUCUGGUUAGCGGUCUUUAUUUGCGUGCUGGCAUGCAUAGCAACGCACAGUAUGCGGUAGGCCGCAGCAGCGAGGGUGUUGUGCUGGCUGAAGGAUUUCCUGCUGUUUGAUUGAUUGCCUGCUGUGCUUGUGCUUGACAUCGGGACGUGGCCGGACGCAUGGCGGGCCGUGCCUGUACAAAUUGACCCCGGCUAUGUCCGGGAGAUGAGGUAGACGCUCGCUUGCGGCCUCAGACUGGAGACGUGGCGUGGGCUCAGCCCCUUUUCCCGUGACCGGGGAGCACU